AUGGGACGUACGAGGACGAAAUCAAGAAAAGCCGCGCUCGUGGCGAAGAAGUAUGUAGUGGAAGAGCCAAAGGCAGUCCCUUCCAUCCCCGCUCUCCUUGAGAAGGCGCAAUCCUUGGUGGUUCAGUGCGACUAUGAGCUUGCAAAACGAUUUGCGCAACGCGUCUUGGAACGUGAACCAAAUCAUACUCAGGCGAAGGAGAUUCUCGGUGUGGUCUAUCUAGAAACAGGGGAGCUCGAUGCAGCGAAAUCGACAUUCGAAUCUUUACUCCCACCAAAUCCUGGUGCUCCAUCAAUACCCCCUCCUUCUGCCCAUCUCUAUCUGGCUCAGCUGAGCGAGGAUGACCCACAACUGGCGCUGCGACACUAUCAAUCUGCUGUAGAUAUCCUCAACGUUCAGCUGAAGGGCAAGGAGCGUGCGGUAGAUCUACCUGGCCCAAGCGAUGACGAGGUGGAGUUGAAGCAGAAUAUCGUCGGAGCUCUGAUUGGUAUGGUGGAGAUCUGGAUGGAUCCCUCGUAUGAUCUAUGCUUUGAUCCUGCAGCGGAGAAGACCUGUGAAGACCUGCUCAACAUGGCUUUGCAGACCGAUCCUGGUAACACUGAGGCGCUGCAAUCUUUGGCAUCAGUGCGACUAUCUCAGCAGAGGCCGGAUGACGCAAGGGUCCACUUGGAGCACGCAUGGUCAGUGUGGAAGGACCUUGAUCUUGACGAUUCGCGUCUCCCGCCAAUAUCCAGCCGUUUAACUCUAGUCAAGAUGUUCCUGGAGCUCUCACUGUUUACUCCUGCCCUCCUCGUUCUUCAAGGUAUCAUGUCAUCAGACGACCAAGAAGUUGAGGCAUGGUACCUAGAAGGGUGGUGUUUUUUUCUCAUGGCUGAGCAAGCGCAAGAGAAGGGGGGAAAAUUGGACGAGCUGGCAUGGCAGGACCUUGCGAGGGACGCAAGAGACUGCUUAGAAACCUGCCAGAUGUUGCAUAUUAAUCUAGAGCAUCCUGAUACCCCGCUGUUGGAGCACACAAAAGAACUCAUCGCGAAGUUGGACGCGCUGGGGAUACAACCAUCGCCUGACGAUGGGGGAAAGGAUGACGAUGGUGACGCAGGAUGGGAGGACGUCGAUGGGAGUGAGGAUGAAGAUGAAGAUGUGAGGAUGUGGUAG